AUGGCAGCCUUUCAACAUGCUUUCCAUGCUAUAAAAACUGGACUUUGCGAUUCUGCUAUUGUCGCGGGAUCCCAUUUACUUCUGUCUCCCACUUUAUCAGUUCAGUUAGACAGAUUAGGUGUUUUAUCGCCCAAUGGAAUGUCAAAGCCAUUCGAUGAUAAUGGUGAUGGGUUUGUUCGCUCUGAAGCCGCUAUAGUAAUGCUUUUACAGAAAGAAAGUGUAGCAAAAAGGAUGUACGCAAAAGUUUUGGGUGCCGGUACAAAUGUUGAUGGAAAUAAAAAAGAAGGAAUUACUUUUCCUUCGGGACGUAUGCAAAACAAACUCAUGCGAGAAAUGUACGCGGAAAGCGGGAUAAAUCCCCAUGACGUGGUGUACAUGGAAGCACAUGGCACCGGAACCAAAGUUGGGGAUCCCCAGGAGGUAAAUUCAAUUACGGAUAUGUUUUGUACGAAUCGUCCGACUCCACUUCUUCUUGGUUCAGUGAAAUCCAAUAUGGGUCACGCUGAAGGUGCCGCUGGUUUGUGCGGCCUUUCCAAAGUCAUAAUUGCUAUGGAAACCGGUAUAAUUCCUAGAAAUUUGAAUUUUGAAACUCCGAACAAGGAUAUAACUGGAAUUUUUGAUGGAAGGGUAAAGGUGGUAUCAAAAAAUGAACAAUGGACCGGAGGCAUUGUUGGGAUAAACUCUAUCGGGUUUGGAGGAACAAAUGCGCAUGUUAUCUUACAAUCAAAUCCAAAAAGAAAAAUGCCUAUGAUCAAAAGUUGCUGGCCUCGAGUGGUGGGAGUUUCUGGACGUACUGAACAAGCAGUUAAAUUUUUCCUUGAGCAAGUGCAUAAACAUCGUGACGAUCAAGAAUUUUUGGCACUUAUUGACCAGAUUCAUUCAAAAAAUAUCAUCGGACAUACCUUUAGAGGCUAUUCACUACUUAAAGAUGAACCGAUUUUUGAGAUAACUGAAAUACCUACUGAAAACAGACCUAUUUGUUUUGUCUUUUCUGGAAUGGGCUCUCAGUGGGCCGGUAUGGCUAAAAACCUUAUAAAAUUGGAUAUUUUUGAAAAGUCAAUUGAUAGAUGUGCUGAAGCCCUUCGACCUCAUGGAAUUGAUUUGAAAGAUAUUAUGGUUAACAGUUCGCAGGAAACUUUUGAAAAUGUUCUAUAUUCUUCUAUAUCUAUUACCGCUAUGCAAAUUGCCCUAACCGAUAUAUUAAAAACAAUUGGCAUUGAGCCGGAUUUUAUAGUAGGCCAUUCUAUGGGUGAGAUAGUUUGUGCCUACGCCGACGGAGCUAUAACAUCUGAUGAAGCCAUGUUGAUAGCCUAUAACAGGAGCUGUGCCGUUUUGGAAUGCAACAUAGCUGAAGGUGCUAUGGCAGCUAUAGGUUUAUCUUGGGAAGAAGCACGAGUCAAAUGUCCUCCGGAAAUUGAUCUCGCUUGUCAUAAUAGCAUAGAUUCAGUGACAGUGGCCGGCCCUCCAGAAGCCGUCAAAAAGCUUGUGGCUGACCUUCACGCUGAUAACAUUUUCGCCAAGAUUAUCCAUAGUUCAAAAACUGCCUUUCAUAGCAAAUAUAUUGCCAACGCUGAGCCGCUAGUGAAAAGGAAGCUCGAACCAAUUAUAACCAGCCCCAAACACAGAUCGUCUAGGUGGAUCUCCACCUCUAUUCCAGAACUUGCCUGGAGCACCCCACUUGUACAAACAUGUGGUUCUGAAUACUUCAUAAACAACUUACUCAACCCUGUUCUCUUUCACGAAGCUCUUAUGCAUGUACCCAAAAAUUCGACUGUUAUCGAAAUAGCGCCAUCGGCUCUCCUGUCCUCAAUUCUUAGGAAGACAUUUGGCAAAAGUGCGACUGUUAUUUCGUUGGUCAAGAAAGAUCAUGAUGAUAACAUAUCGUUUUUAACAUCCGCUUUAGGAAAAAUCUAUACUGCCGGUUGUCAGCCAAAGUUUGGAAAUUUAUACGAUUCAAUAUCAUUUCCUGUAAGCAGAGGAACACCGAUGAUAAACUCGAUGAUUAAGUGGGAUCAUUCUAUAGAGUGGGCUGUAGCUAGGUUUACUCCUAAGGAAAAUACAGGAGAACUGAGUAUCGACAUAGACCUGAGCAAAGAUAGCGAUAAAUACUUAGCUGAUCAUAUUAUUGAUGGAAGCAUAAUAUUUCCUUGGAUGGGAUACUUAGUUUUGGUAUGGCAAUGCUUUGCUAAAAUUAAGGAUGUAAACUUUGAAACAAUGCCUGUAAUUUUAGAAGAUAUUCAAUUUAAAGAAAAUGUUAGAUUUACAAAAAAUGGGGCAGUAAAAUUUCAUUUUACGAUUUUGAAAGUAACCGGAAAGUUCGAGUUAAGUGAAAAAGGAUCUGUUGUAGUUAGUGGGAAAAUUUCAGUAAAGUUAGAUAAUGAUCCGUCGAACUUACGAAAACCUAUGUUUAAUGAAGAUGGUAUUAUACUGACAACCCAAGAUAUUUACAAAGAGAUGCGACUAAGAAAUCAUGAUUAUAGAAAUAUAUUUUGUGGCAUACUGAAAUGUAAUGUUGACAGGAAGACUGGACAGCUUAGAUGGAAAAAUAAUUGGAUUACUUUUUUGGAUAGCAUGUACCAAUUUUUCAUUUUAGGCUCUGAUAGUAGACAACUUUAUGAGCCUAGUCAUCUACAGAAGAUUGUCAUAGACCCCAUUGACCAUUUAAGCAUUGUAAAACAGCUUUCAGAAGAUGAAGGUGUGAACAUUGCUACGUUUCCCCAUAUAAAAGUAGUCAAAUCUGGUGGUAUUGAAUUCACUGGUCUAAAAUUAAAUAUAGUUCCGACAAAAAAUAGAACGCAACAAUUUCCCAAGCUGGAAAGAUAUGAGUUUGUACCUUUAAAUAAUUAUAAGGAUUUGAGUAAGAGUUCGAAGAAAGCAAAAACAGACGCUUUAACGGUUUUAAGUCAGUUAGUUUUGGAAAAUUCCGCAGGUUCUCAUGUUAAAAUUACCGAAAUAUGUCAAAAUGGACUUGAUACAGCACUAAUCCCUGAAAUAACUGAUAUUUUCAACAAUGAAGCAAUGAUUACUGUAGAUGCUGCCAUUGUUGUAAAUCACGAUCCAGAAGAUGCGACUUACAAUUACUUCAAAGAAAUGGGGAUUAACGUGCAUGUGAAAGAUUUUCAAACUAAUGCAAUUAUUGGUACUAAUGUUCAUCUAGUCAUUCUGCGCAAUACUAUAGCAAACAACCAGAUGUCCUUGAUUAAAAAUGCAAAGAAGUCUUUAAGAGAAGGCGGGUUUAUACUUUUGGAAGAGCCAAAAGCAAUAUUCGUUAAUCUUAAUACUACUAAUCAAAUUUCACAAAUAAAGGAAUUGAAAUUGAAUACUAUAAGCAUUCAAUCCACCACGGAAAAUACCUUCAUUCUUUUGAGGCCGGAAAUUGUAAUCCCAAGUAAUUCAAUUUUAAUACAAAUUAAUGAAAAUAAUUUUUCCUGGAUAGACUCACUCAAGGAUGCUAUGCAGAAAGCAGAUGAGUUAAAUACUAAAGUUUAUAUAUAUGCGCAAGGUGAACCAUUAACAGGCCUUAUAGGAAUGGUUAAUUGUCUUAAACAAGAACCAGUAGGAGGUAAAAACAUUCGCUCCGUUUUUAUUCAUGAUAAAAAUACACCAACAUUCAGUCUUAAAGCCUAUCAGGAACAAUUAAAAUACGAUUUAGUGCAUAACGUAUUGAAAAACGAAAUCUGGGGAACGUAUAGGCAUUUACUUUUGGAAGAACCUAUCGAUACGAAAAUUUCACCAGUUAAACAUGCUUAUAUCGACUUAUCAAUAUGUGGAGAUUUAUCUACUUUAAAAUGGGUUCAAGGCCCUUCUCCCCAUUCUAUUUCUGGAAAACAGCUCUGUUAUGUCUAUUACGCUGCGGUCAACCUGGCGGACGUUAUGCUGGCAACAGGAAAAAUAUCCAUGCAUAAUAUGUCACCAGAAUUGAUCGACUGUCAUGGUCAGUUUGGUUUCGAAUUUUCUGGAAAGACUAGCAGCGGUUGUCGGGUAAUGGGUUUACUUCCAGUGGGAGCCCUUUCAACCACUGUAUUGGCGGAUAGAGAUAUUCUUUGGGAUAUUCCAGACAGUUGGAGUUUAGAUGAAGCAGCAACCAUACCGCUAGCAUACUCAACAAGUUAUUAUGCUCUUAUUAUAAGAGGUGAAAUGAAAGCAGGAAAGUCGAUCCUCAUUCACGGUGGUAGUGGAGGGAUAGGACUAGCUUCUAUCGCUAUCUCUUUACGAAUGGGCUGUGAAGUUUAUACUACAGUGUCCAGUCAAGCCAAGAAGGAGGUUUUGAUAAAAUCUUUUCCACAACUGAAUGUCAACAACAUUGGCUACUCUCGAGAUACUAACUUUGAGCAAUUGGUCUUAGAUAAAACAAACGGCAGAGGAGUUGAUCUAGUUCUUAAUUCUUCACAGGUGGGACAUUUUCAGGCUUCGCUUCGUUGUUUGGCGUUUGGGGGAAGAUUCUUAGAACUUGCUAGGACAUCUAUACUUGAAAACGGUGUACUCCCGGAAAAUGCGACAAUUCACCGAAUUAACUUACAGACAAUAUUCAAUAAUGCCGAUGAAAAGAAGAAGGUUGUGAAAUUAAUAUCAGAAGGAAUUGUAUCUGGAGUUGUUCAACCUCUUCCCAAACUAAUAUUCAAUAAAAAUCAAAUCGAACAGGCCUUUAAAUUUUUAGCAUCUGGCAAACAUAUUGGUAAAGUAGUUUUGAAAAUAAGAAACGAAGAGUCCGAAAAUGUCCAAAUGCCUAUUUCCAAAAACAUAUUUGCAAUUGCCCGUUCCUACUUUGAUCCAAAUAAAAGUUACAUAUUGGUAGGCGGACUAGGCGGUUUUGGUUUAGAACUAACUGAUUGGCUGCUAAAAAGAGGUGCCAAGAAACUGAUUAUCGUGUCAAGUAGUGGAAUAAAAACUGCUUACCAAUGUUGGUGCAUUAAAAAAUGGCAGAAAAUUGGUACUCAGAUAUUAGUUAAUACUCAAAAUGCACAUACAAAACAAGGAGCUAUCUCUAUACUAGAACAAGCGAAUAAACUGGCUCCUAUAGGCGGAAUUUUCAAUAUGGCGACAGUUAUUUGCGAUGCAGAAUUCAUCAAUCAAACCGAAGACAAUUUUAAAGCUACCUAUAAACCAAAGGCUGACGUAACCAGGCAACUUGAUUCAGCCGCUAGAACAUUAGCCCCUCAACUCGAUUAUUUCGUUUGUUUUUCGUCAUUUUCUUGCGGCCGCGGAAAUCCUGGUCAAUCCAAUUACGCCGCAGCUAAUUCAGCGAUGGAAAGAAUUAUUGAGGCUAGAAAAAAUGCAGGAUUUUGUGGAUUAAUAAUUCAAUGGGCGUCUCUUGGUGACGUUGGACUUGUUUUUGAUGCAAUGGGUGGUUCUAAUGAUACUGAGGUGCUUGGAACCUUACCCCAAAGAAUGUCGUCCUGCAUGGCUACUAUGGAUAUGUUACUUCAACAACCCUACCCCAUUGUAGCGAGUACAGUGAUUGCUAAAAAGCGUAAACUAUCAAAUUUAAACCAAGAUAAUUUACCCAGCAUUAUAGCAAACAUGUUAAGCAUCCAAAAUUUAGCUUCAAUUGCACCAAAAGCAACGUUGGAGGAUCUUGGCGUGGAUUCAUUAAUGGUCGCCGAAAUUAAACAAAUUCUUCAAACAACCUUUGAUGUUGUUUUAACUGCCUCAGAAAUAAAAAGCGUAACUUUUGCCAAACUUCAGAACUUAUCAGCGAUUUCAUGUCAGUGAAAAUAAUAAACAAUUAUAAGAAAUUGUAGCUUAAACAUAUGUAUUUGUAUAGGUUUUUUAUGUUAUGGUUAGGAUGAAGUAAUC